CUUAUUUCUUUAUUCUCUUCGGCUGAGAGGGAUCGGAAUAUUUUUCUUCUUUGAUAUUCUCGGGAAAGUGACAGAAAAUGGCUUCCACUGAAGAACCAAUCCUCACUAGGAUCGACCGUUUGGAUAACAUGUUGAAGCAAUUGGAAGAAAUUAGAGGGUACAACAGAUCUCCUAAGAGCUCUUUUGAAUCAACUCCAUCAAGCGGCACACUGACGAGUGAAGGCCACGCGUCGUCCGUUGAUUUCUCCCCUAAGAGCCUGGAGAAGCACUGCCGUCCGAUCGACCACGUCAUUAUGGAGACUGGAGUGAAAGGAACGUUGAUCGAGAGGCUUGAUCAUCUGGAGGAUCGCAUGCUGAAGCUAUGUUUGCAGAUAGAGGCAGAUUGGGAGAAAAGGAGGAGGAAAGAAGACAUGAGGAGAAUAACAGAGAAGAAGCAGCAGGAGGAGAGCCCCAAGAAGAACAAGGGACUGAAAAUGUUUGUCAAACAUUGUGUCAAAUUUUAGCCUUAUCAAGCCACUUUUGAUCCUUUGUUCUUCUUUGCUGUACAAAAGUUUCAGCUUUUCCUUUUCUUAUAUGUGCAAGUUGUGACUUUGGUUUUCACAAGUCAUGAUGAACAAUUCUGUUUACAUUCUCUUAUCAAUAGAAUCCGCGUAAGCAAUGCUUUCAUUAAUCUUUUCACUUUAGAUGAGCUGUCGCACAUUAAAGUUUGAACCUGUACAUGAACAAGAAU